AUGCUGCCCUUAGGACACAUCUUCGCUAAGAAAGAUACAAAGCCAAGACUUCUCAGAUGGAUCCUUUUGCUUCAAGAGUUUGAUAUAGAAGUUGUGGACAAAAAGGGAGUAGAAAAUGGAGUUGCUGAUCAUCUCUCUAGGAUGCGAGUUGAAGACAUGAUCCCCAUCAAUGAUUCUAUGCCUGAAGAACAGCUUAUGGCAAUCAUGAUCUUGAAGGAGAGUUUUGAUGAGAAAGCCAGGCUGGAAGAAGUUAAGGCUCUGCGUGAUGAGAAUUUGCCAUGGAUGCUAGGCAUUACUAUUGGGAUGAGCCCUUACUUGUACAAGAGAGGACCAGACAGCAUUUACAGGAGAUGCAUAGCUGAAGAGGAUGUACAAGGAGUUCUAGAGCAUUGCCAUGGGUCAGCUUAUGGAGGUCACUUUGCUACAUUCAAAACAGCAACAAAGGUUCUGCAAUCUGGUUUAUGGUGGCCUACUUUGUUUAAGGAUGCAGCAGACUACAUUGCCAAGUGUGAUCCAUGCCAAAGGAAAGGAGAUCACCAAGAGAGAUGA